GGGACCCCAGCCCCCCUAUUCCCCCCAUAGGGCUGGCGUUCCCGGAGUGGGCCUACAAGGCGGAGUCGAGCCCCGGCUCGCGGCAGAUCCAGCUGUGGCACUUCAUCCUGGAGCUGCUGCGCCAGGAGCGCUACCGGCACGUCAUCGCCUGGCAGGGCGACUACGGGGAGUUCGUCAUCAAGGACCCCGACGAGGUGGCGCGGCUGUGGGGCGCCAGGAAGUGCAAACCGCACAUGAACUACGACAAGCUGAGCCGGGCGCUGCGGUGAGACGGGGGCGGGGGGCAGUGGGACGGAGCCGCGGGAAAGGGGCCCACGGGGAACAGAAACGGCCCCACAAGACCCGUGGAAAUGGUCCGGGAUGGCCCCGAAUCCCGCUGGGAAUGGAGCAAAAACGGACCCAAAAUGGCCCCAAAUCCCG